AUAACUUGAGGUUUUGAGAGUACCUUACAAAUUCGGAAAGUGACAGCUGAGUUGGUGAGAUGUUGACUAUUCCUAAAGAUGGUGAAUCGGAAAUCCUCGAAGUUUUUGAAGAAUGCCAGCUUAAUAAUUUGUCACACGAUCGCUUAUGUGUAAAACUGAAAAAUAUUUACGACAAUACACGGUUUACACACUUCUCUGAUGAUUUCUUUGAGCUCUGCCGUUACAGUUUAGUAUCCAGUGAACGAUCAUCCUAUCGCGAAAGGACAAUUGAUUUCAUCACAAAGUUUGCUCUGUUUUGUGGAAAAUCAGAUGAUAGCAGUCAAGAUACACUGAAUAACCGUUUACUGUUAAAGCUUUUCUUAUUUUGUAUUAAGUACAACGAAUGUCCGAAUCCUGCAGUAAGAUUUCGAUGUAUGCAGAUUAUUCACAAACUAUUGGAUGGGAUUGGUGACAAUGGAAUAAUGCCUGAAGAAUUGUAUAGGACGUUGCAAGGUAUAUUACUUCGUCGUGUCUAUGAUACAAAGGUGUCGGUGCGAGUUGAAGCAAUCCAAGCACUUUCUCGUAUGCAAGAUCCUACUGAUGCAGAGUGUCCUGUAGUAGAGGCAUUUAUUUGGCUCACACGACACGAUCCUACUGCAGAGGUUCGGCGUGCGGCACUAGCAGCAAUGGUUCUGACUACUCGAACAUUACCAAGUCUAGUUGAACGAUGUCGUGAUCUUGCUGACAAUGUACGUCGAGCUGCCUACAAACUGUUAGCAUCUCGAGGUAUUUUACGACCACUAUCGAUCGCAAAACGUAUCCGUAUCUUACAAGAUGGAUUAUCCGAUAGAUCGGAGGAAGUUCGUAAAGCAACUAAAGAACUAGUUUUAGCAUGGUUUAAUGGAACUAAUCGAGAUCCAGUACUACUGUUACGACGUUUAGACCCAGAAGGUGAUCCUAGUACAAGUCAAAAAGCUUUAGAUAGUCUAUUUGAAAUGUUACCACUAGACGAUCUGUUGAAAGUUGUCCAAGAAUGGUCUCCAAAUUAUUUAAAUUCUGAUCGAAUACUUAAAUCCGAUUGUCUUACACCGGAAGCAACAUUUUUCUGGAGGGCAUUGGUGGAAUUUAUUCAUAAGAGACAAACUAAUGUAGAUGACACAACGACAACAACAAUAAAAUCAGCUGUACACGUUGAGCAUGAAGAUGAAGAUGAAGAAAACAACCCUUUACAACGAUUAGCUGAUCUAGUUCAACCGUCUGUUAGUGUUUACGUUGACUUAGCUAAAAGUGUUGUGGAUAAACUUGUUCAAACUGUUAUUGCUCAAGAGUUUGAUGAAAAAGCAAUUGAACAAGAAUGUGUUGUUGAACAAAUUUUAUCAAUGGCAGGAUCACUUGAUUUAAGUGAUGAAUUUGGUCGAAGACGUCUAGUAUCACUAGUUCAUGAUUGGAUAACUAGUGAACAAGUUUCGGGUACUUUAGCUCCUCAAUUAUUAAAAUUGCAUGCUAUUUUAGAGCCAAGUCUGCGACGUCGUAUAAAUAGUGUAAUUGAAAUGAUUAGUGAACUUUGUGAUCCAGUAGAACCACAAAACUCAUUGAGAAGUGCAAUAUCUGUUCCAGUUGAGUCCAAUGAAAAUUGUUGUUUGACAAAAGAAACAGAAUGUACAAAUGUACAACCUGCCUUGUCAAAAAAGAAAGAGAUCAGUAUUCGUCUAAAAAUUGCUAGUCUUGAAGUUCGUAUGAAUGAACUUAAUGAAUCAUUACAUGAUUGUGUAUCUCGUAAAGAAUUCGAACGUGCAACUGAACUUCGUGAUGCUUGUAAUAAAUUAGAUAUAGAACGUACAGAAUUAUUACAAGAAUUACGUGGAAAUAUUGGAAUAUCAGCAGAUAAACCUGCUGUUUCGCCGUCACCAGGAUCUGAUGAACUGAUGAAUAAUGAAAAUAGAGAAGGUCUAAACACUGAAAACCCCGAUGGAGGUUCAAAUAAUGAUAAAAAUGCUGGUGAUGAUGAUAACGAAGCGGAUGCAGUUGAAGAUGCAACACAAAGCCUUAUUAAACGUUGUUCAUCAUCUGUAUUAUUUAAGGCAAACAGAAUGGCUGCUUUAAUUAUACAACAAUCUCCUACUCUGUGGAGUUUGCCAGCUUCAUUACGUUCACUAUUGGACAGUUUAAUAUUGCCAAGUAUGCAACAUCCAGAUGUUGCUGUUCGUAAUCAAGCGAUAUUAGCUUUGGGUCUUUGUUGUACAAUGGACUUACCAUUAACAUUACAAUAUAUUCAUGUGUUUUACUCAGCUAUGCGUGUGGAUCAUUUGAUGAUUAGUGAAACAGCAUUAGGUUGUAUUAUUGAUUGUUUGCUUAUUUAUGGGUUUCGUCCAUUUCAUGAUGCUAAUAUUAAUCCAAAUAGUCGAUUAGUGCCAACUGAUACUAUUAUCGUUGAUGAAGAUGAUGAUGAUGAAGAAGAACAGAAUAUCAAAGCAUCUAAACAUGAUUAUAUUGUACUAACCCGACAAACUUCACAAGAUUCUACCGACCAAUCUCAUAGUUAUCCACAGGGUAUGUUAGUUCGAUGUGAUGAAAUGUCCAAAACAGCUUAUCGUUUAUUAAAACCAAUCACUUCACUUUUGGAAAAAGAGUCUGAUGAUGGAUUACGUUCAACUGGUGCACUUGGUCUUGCCAAAUUAUUAAUUUAUGAUCGUAUUGUUUCAAGUCAUAUACUUAGUUUAUUAUUAUUGUUAUGGUUUAAUCCAAGUAGUGAAGAGAGUCCACAACUUCGUCGUGGUUUAGCAUAUUUCUUUGCAGAUUAUGCUUGUGCUAAUGGUGUUGGAAUGGAUGCAUUUGAACAUCAAUCUGCACUUACUAAUGCUGUUUUGCCUACAUUAACUACAUUGAUUCGUACACCUGCCUCUUCACCUUUAUCUGAAGUUGAACCAAAUGAUGUGGCUAGUUUAUUAGCUCGUUUAACUGAUACUACUCAUUUGAAAAGUCGAUCAGAAGGUAAAAAUGUAACCACUAAUCAAGAAGGAAAAGACAUGAUCAAUGAUAAUAAUGAAGAUUCCCGUCCAAGUUCAAACAAAUCAAAAAUAAUAUCAUCAACUGGACAAAUUGAUGAAAAAAUUGUAAGUUUUUUUUUAAAUUUCAUAACCCACUCGACUAAUUCCCUCUUCUUAGUAUUUGAAUAGUUUUAUUUGCCUCAAAUCUCACACACAUUGGGUUUUUACUUACUAUUCACUAUCAUCGUUUUACACUUUGUAUUAGCGUUAAAUCCUGAAAAGAGUAUUUAUGGAGCUAAUACAAUCAAUCAAAAUAGUUUAUGACUAAAUUGAAAUUUUCAAGUUGCCUGGAUAACUAACUGUCAAUUAAAUUAAACUAUAAAUGUGUUACUUUUUCGUAAACUUUUAAUUAUGUACACUACAAAUCGAUCAAUUUUUAACAACGAACCUUAUAUCAAUUACUAUGAUAUAGUUAUUUUUGCCCUGUAAAAUUCAUAUAAAAUACCUAUCAUGUAUUGAAUGGUGUACGAAGUACAUACUUUUAUCAUUGAUGUAUGCGUUCCAUGUUUUUUGGUACCCUAUAUUAGUAUAUCCAUUCUUCAGCUGUUAAAGACCUAACAAGACUCCGAAUCGAUGAUAAAAGCAAUCGAAAAUGUAUUCGUUCUUUAUCAUGCCACGAGACUCUGAGUUCUGACAUUAUUUCCUAAUUACUAUCGCUCUAAUCAAUCCCGUUUUCCAACUACUAUUCACUGUAAUUGGUUCUAUCUUUAUUUGCAAAUACUACUGACACUAUUAUACAAGGUUGCAUUCUAUUACCUCAAUGAUUAUCAUGUUUCACAUUCCCACAUCCUGUAACAAUAAUUACUCUAUUAUACUGUUUUUGUUGGAGUUGUUGUGAUCUCCGAGUUGGAUGGAUUGGUUGUUUAGCUUUCACUGUCCUACUGAACAAUAUCAUCAGCACAUACCUCGAAGAGAAGUGAGCCGUUAGGAUCUGUCGACAACUGACUAGCAGGUCGCGUUGGUUUUCAAUCAGUCAGCUAUAUGCAACGUAGAACCUGACAAAUAUGUACAUCGGUUCAAGUUGUCACACCACAUUAUCACAGACAAAAUCGUUUCGAGACAAAUCCUACAAUAGCAAAAGUGGUAAAAGUCUUAGGAGUUGUAGGAAUGAGCAAAGAUAUAAAUAAAAAGUGUAAUUCCUCCAUGGCGAACGAUCCUGGUCCGUGUUCUUCAAAGUUUCUAUCUAUUGGUAACAAUUAUGACGCAGACCACAAACAGGUAGUUUACACCUAUUAACAUGGCUCGGUUCAAUUGCUAAUGACUGUAAACUGGUGUUACAUCUUCGUUUGUCCGUCCCUCACUUUCUUCCAACUUGCUUUUUGUCUCAGGAUGGUAAAUUAUGACCGAAUUCUAGAGGAAAACAAUAACCAAAUGUUUAGAAAAACAAUAAGAACUUUACAAUGAAUCCAUUCAUCUUAGAGAUUACAAUAAUGCCAACAUCGUCAUCCUAAGUUCAUGUAUCUCAGUUUUUGAAAUAUACCACUUUUGUUGUUGUUGUUGUUGCUGUUGCUUUUUUGCCUAAAACAAAAUGUACAAUUAUUUUUAAGAUCAAUCCACAUCAUGAUCGUUUGGUAUCAAUUUUGGCCACUGAAGUUUUAAAAGCACCUCAAUCCGCUGAAGCUAAAUUAUAUCUACGUAUGAUUUUUCAAUUACGACCUUCUACUGAAAAUAUAAAAAUUCAUAAAGAAUUAUUAACUUUAGUUGAUUCAAUGUCAAAAUUUGCUGAUAGAUCUUUAAAUCUUAUGCUUCAUCGUUUUCGUAAACAACUAGUUGAAAAAAUGGAACGUCUUGGUAUUGAUUCUACAACAUUGAAUGAAUCCAUAUUAUCUGAAAAUGAAAAUGACAAGGUAAAUACUUCUCCACUUCAUGAUGAUGGUGACUCCAAUCAUACAUUAAUGAAUGAUGAAGGCAUCCAACAAUCUCAACCUACGUUACUUGGAUCUGCCCGAGUUAACUUUCACUUGGUUAAUUCAUCUGAACAUAUCAUUGAAAGGAAUCAGGGGAAUGCUACAAUGAUAUUUAGUCAAUCAAAUAGAACUAUUUCUGCUGGUGGCAAUCCUUUAUUAGAUAAAUCAUCACAUCAAAACUUACUGGAUUUUUCCGACGACGAUGAUGAUGAUGAAGUUGAUUGCGAUCUAACUCCUACUUCAAAACCAGCAGUAUCUAGUACUAAUCCUUCAAGUAAACAAAUCAAACCAAAAAAGAAUACUGAAAUAGCAGAUACUCAUCAAAAGAAUGUCAUUAAUAAUUUAGAAAAAAAACCAUUCAAUAAAACAAGUCGUAGAAAAGUUGUUCUUCAAAGUUCAGACAAUGAAAAUCCCAAUAGUAAUAGUUCUGUAAAAAGUCAUUCAACAACAAAUUCACGUAGUCGUAAUCCUAAAAAGUUAAAACAUUCUCAUAAAAAAAUUGAUACAUCAUCAUCAUCAUCAUCUCCAGCAUCAUCUGUAGUAAGUAGUUCUAGAAGAUCAACUAGAUUGUCAAGUGCUCAAAAAUCGGAUCGAAGAAUUUAAAUAAACUCACAUUGUGUAUAUUUCUUUUUUCUUCUUCUUCUUCUUGAAUAACUGUUAUUAGUAUUAUUAUAAACUCUUUUAUUGUACAUGAUUAACUGUUCUUUGUUAAUUGUAUAUUACCCGGAAACUAAUUAAUAUACAAUCCCCUGUUUCUUC